AUGGAAGAGACAUUCAAGCUGGCCAACAAUUACAGCGGAGAGCACCUCCGAGCCACUUUCAUUGCGUCAGCUCGGUCGGGCAUAAUGAGGAUUUGGCCCAUGCUUGCGCACCCUCGAGACGAGGAUGGAGACUGCCGACGAUAUGAUCCGCGAUUUCGAGACUGGUACAAAAUGGCGACAUCUGAGCCAAAGAAGGUGGUCAUCAUUGUGCGGGCUGGAAGCUCUAUGAGGACUCACCUUCACCUUGGGGGGGACGACAACUCCAAGACACUGUGGAGACUGGCAAAAGACACGGUCAAGAGCAUCCUGCGGACUCUUGACUUCAGCAAUGAUUACGUCAGCAUCAUUGCCUUCAACGCUCGUGCCACCGUCCUAGUAGGAGAAGAUCUGCUUGAUGCCAACGAGACACAUAUAGAAGCUCUGGAGAAUGCGUUGGAUGAUGUUACCCUGUCAGAGGGCUCAGACAAUGCAGCAGCGUUUGAUGCUGCCUUUGACAUGAUUGAAAAGGGGCCCAGCAGCUGCCAGAAUAUCAUAAUCCACAUAAGCGACGGUGAGGACUGCACAGAGAAUGGCGACCUCCCGUGCUCGCUUUUGGGAUCAGAAGCAUCAGGUGAUCCGCACGUAGGAGGGUCAGAAUGGUCAAGGAAUGGGCGUCUGCAAGACGCCAUUCAAAGGAACCUGGGGGCUGUGGAGAUCAGACAGCGUGCUCUAGAGCGAAUAUCGAGCCGAGCCGCGGUCUUCAGCCUUACAAUGGAGGGCACCAAUGAAGGCCUGGCUCGGCAGCUGGCAUGCGCAAAUGGGGGCGCGUGGUUCAGCCUGGACGGCCGCGGCGAGCCCCUCAACAACAUGGGGCCCUACUUUCAGUAUUUGGCGUUCGCCAUGGAACCAGAACCAGACAGUCGCGCUGUCUUCACGCCUUUAGGCCCUCAAUGGGGCAGCAGGGGCAAAAAGACCAACGUGGCGUAUCCCGUCUUCGUGAAGCCCAGGUGCGCUGACGGGACGUCAUCUGAAAGGAAGCUGCUGCUGGCUGUCAUUGGCAAGGAGGUGACGUUGAGGGUGCUGCAAGUAGAGGACGGACUGGGAGAAGAACAGGUGGAGACUAUGAUUAACGAGAACCUGGGAAAGACGAGGGUGUGCAACGAGGUGUACAGAUACGACAGCUGCAAAUUGCAGGAAAUGCGAGGAUCCAUGUCGGAGUGUCCCGCCCGCUCGUGGAGGGCAUCGGAUGUGAAAAAGUGUUACGCACUCGAGGGCGUGCCUUACAUUCUGGUAACGGAACCGAUGGGAUUCGAAGAAGCGCGAGAGCAGUGCAACAACAUGGGGGGGCGACUGGCGGAGCCGAGAGUUGACCAAGUCAAGAACGACUUGCAUUUUUUCGCGUCGAUCGUCCCUCCCGACGGUGCAUGGAUUGGUCUCAGACCAGGGGACCCGUGGAAGUUUCUCGACUCUUCCGAAGCGGUCCUGGAGCAAAUGACAGCUGAUCUGUGGUUUCAAAGCCCGUCCAUCAGCGGCAAAUGCAGAGGGGGGGUCGUCGACCCGCGGGGGACCCAUCACAACGUAGGGAGCCGACUGUGCAGUAACAAAAUGUCCUUCAUCUGUCAAUUCAACAAAAUGGAGCAGCCAGAGGCGUGCCAGGGAAGGAUCACCUCGGUACUUUCAGAGGCGCUUUGGAACACCACAGCCGAGGGGUGCGCAUCCUCUGGCGGAUGCAUCGGAGGCAUCCAAAGUACUGCAACUGUCGGGAACGAGUCGGCAAAUGCCAGAGCCACCAGCAGUGUCAUCUGCGACUUCGGACCCCAGAAAUCGUUCAGCGAGGUCAUGUGCUGCUCAAGGGAAGAACUCCAAGACAUCUGCAAGUUCAAUACGACAAGCGACGACGGAAGAAGAGCAGUUAUUCAGGGAGGAGAGUCAACCAAAAUGGCAGCGAUCACGGCCACCAUUACCGCGAUCAUCGCGUCGGCGUUCCUCACUAUUCUGGUCCUGUUCCUGCGACGAUUAAAAUCAAAUGGUCUGCCGGACAGAAUCUGCCAAUACUUCAUAAGGGGAAGACGCACUCCCAGUGUUUGCAUCCCUGAAGUGUAUGGCUGCGACGUGGAGACUGCAAUGGGGGAAGAAGUAGCAGCAGAACAACCGAGGCAAGCGGAACACAUGACGUAUCAAUCGCUGUUGGAACAGAGAGAACUCCAAGUGCUGCAGGUACCAGGCGUUGACAACGUCGCCGUUUUGAAAAAAGGAAAGGAAUUCGUUGGCGCACACGGCAGCGUGAGGGAGGGCGUGUGGCGCGACAAUGACGGCAUCACGCACAGCGUGGCCGUUAAGGCAGUGAAGGUGGCUGGCAACGAGAAGUGCCUCGCGAUCAUGAACAAAGAAAUAGAGAUCUUGGCCAGGCUUCCCCGCCAUCCGAACGUCGUCCGGGUGAUAGGCGUGCGUCCAGGCGAGGAGCCAGUCAUCGUGGAAGAAUGGAUGCCCAUGACUCUGAAAGACCUCACCGAAAUGGGGCCAAGGCCGAGCUACGGGGAGGUGGUGAGGAUCAGCCUGGACGUGGCAAAGGGCCUGUUGCACCUUCACUGUAAUGGAGUGACGCACUACGACGUCAAGCCAGCCAACAUACUCUUGGACGAGAGCAACAACGCCAAGCUGGCGGACUUCACCUGCUCAGUGUUCAAAGUGUCCUCCUCAAUCGACGCUGCGCAACAUGGCACGUUAGGAUACAUGGCGCCAGAGUGCAUUCAAGGCGGGGUCACCAGAUCAAGGCCACGCGUCCAGGCGGAGAAAAUAGACGUGUACAGCCUGGGCAAGGUGAUGUUGAGUUGUGUUGCGGGCGGCUUGGAUAAUGGGAGGACGACGACUGCGACGACUUCACGUCCUCCCCGUUUGUGGAGCUUGAUUUUGGAUUGCAUUAAAAUUGAUCCAGAGGGCCGACCGAGCUGUCAGCAGGUAGUGGAGCGGCUUGAAGUCAUGGUGAAAGAAGGAUUAGAUGGUGAAGCGGAUUAG